AGUUCACGUCGAUCCUCCGAAGAGGAAAGUGAAAACUUGAAAAAGUCCUUAAGAAAAAGCGACAAAAGUCCGGAAAAGUUGUUCAACACUGCUGUCCGGGGAAGUUUUGACCCGCUUGCCAAUCGAGAAGAAAAACUAGUGUGUGCGAUUCUUUGUCUUACACUUGGGAAUAGUUGAAAACAAAAGUGAUCUUGAUUAAAACGCAAUUGAAUUCUGAGUGACGAAAUAAAAGUGAUAACUGCGUGCAAAUAAGUGCAGUGAAACCAAACUUAAGUGAGACUUUUUAUCCAAAGUUUUGUGUUUUUAAGGCAUUUUCGAGUCGCGUCAUCCCGAUGCCGGCCGAGUGCGCGGCCAACCCGCUCCAGCGCUCGCUCGCGGACGCCAUCAUCCGGAUGGUGCCGAUGGACGAGCUGCGCAUCCUGUUGGCGUGCGGGGCCAAGGUCAACGAGCAGGUCACCCAGGGCCUGCGCCCGCUGCACUACGCCGUCUGGCAGAACAACGAGCCGGCGGUGCAGCUGCUGCUGGUGCGGAACGCCGACAUCAACGCGAUCGACGAGGUCGGGUACAGCGCGCUGCACCUGGCCGCGGAGCACGGAUAUAAUGAUUUGGCCAAACAGCUGCUGGACGCGGGCUGCAAGGUUGACUACCGGGAGCCCACGGAUGAUCCGUACCCGCGGACGACGCUGUGCGAUGAACCGCUGCGGCUGGCGUUGAGGAAUCGUCACUACGAGGUCGCUCGAUUGUUGCUGGAACGUGGCGCCGAUCCGAACAAGCGAUACUUCUUUGGAUCGGAAAUCAACCUGGCCACCGACGUGGAGAGUUUGGAGCUGCUGCUAAAGUUUGGUGCCAACACCGAGGCUCGGGACCGAUCCGGAAUUACGCCGUUGAUGCGUGCAGUUCGGACCAAUGGCAGCAUUGACGCGGUUCUUCUGCUGCUUCAGUACGGCGCGGACGUCAACGCAAUGACCGAUGCACGAAACGACUACCGGACGGUUCUCCACUACGCAGUGCUUUCGGGUCUCAAACUUUUCGGUGGUAAUGCCUCGCUCGUAAAUCUGCUCAUCAAACAGGGUGCCCGGGUGGACAUUCCGGCGCCACUGCCCGAACCGGAUCGACCCAGUCCGCUGGAUUUGGCCGUGCUGCGUGGGGAUCCGACGCUGGUGAGGAUCUUGCUGGAGAAUGGAGCGAACGUUAACCGAUGCAGUCCGAUCAUUGGAUCACCGUUGCACGUGGCUUGUGCGGACAAUAUUCCGCACCGGGUGGAGAUUAUGAAGAUGCUCCUGUCGUACGGUGCCGACCCGAACGUGCGCGUCGUGGGCGACGUCGCCACCAACGCCAUCCUGCGACCACCGCUAGCUGAGCUGAUUGCGAGCAACGAGAUCGUUACGCCGGAGGAAUUGCGUCUGCUUAUGAAAUAUGGCGCCAGAGUCAUCCUGAAGACGCAAUUCCGUGACCCGGACGGUCUGCUCAACUGUCUCUCCAGCAUGGACCCGCAGUCGGACUCGUUCCGAAUCGUGCUCGAAGCGGCCGAAGAGUUUGACCCGUGCAUGAUCCGCCGGAAUCAGCAGCUCAACGACGAGCAGCGACAGCUGCUGCUGGACCGUGCCACGACCCCCGUCCCGCUGAAAUCCCGCGUUCGAGCCCACUACCGGCGCCUGUUUGGCCGGCAGCUGCCCGAGUUUGUGCCCAGCCUGUUCAUCCCCCGGGAACUGCAGAGCUAUCUGCUGUACGAGCAUAGCUUCUAAGUAGGAAAACUCGACUGACGAUGACAUCAAGGCUUUAAGGUACAAAUUUGUCUGUAAUUUUUAGAAAACGCAACCCGAUAAGACUUACUCUCAGCUAGAGCUAGAAAGGUGCCCCGUAAAACGUGCACCGAAACGAACAUUUUUGUAAUUCCCUAAUAAGAUUGCAAGAAGAAAGAACGCAACUAAAUGAUAGAUUGUUAGAUUGUAAUUUGUUCCACACUUUUAACAAGAAGAAUCGAAACACUGCCACCACUUUUUCUGGGAUUGCACGCGCAAUCGCACGUGUGUGUGGCUUCAUUGUCCUUUCCUGGCGAAAGAACCGGCAGAGGCCAACCUUGGCCACAAUUUUGUUUUGUGAUAGAAUUGAACAAGCUUUUGAAACGAAUCUUAUGAAACCACUGAUGUAACUUGUAAUACAAUAAUUGUACGUUCAAUAAAUUACUUGGAAUAGUGUCUC